AAAUUCCCGGCCCAGCAUACCUGUCUUUUUUAAAAAAGAAACCUGUUGCUGCAGCUUAGUGAUACAUGCUCUCUAUGCCCGUGUGGGAGAGGAGUCCCUGGUACCCUGAUGGUAGUGAAAUGUUAACAUAAAGCUAAAAUUUCCAGCCCUAGGUGGUUUUCUACCCUACAGUGUUUUCAGUUAUCUCAAAAAGAAUUGCAAAAUUUUCACAAAUAAUUUCAUUUCACUUUUUAAAAAGUUGGGCCCAUUUUAUGAAUGAUAUGAGCUGUGUACUUCAUAUACUUAUUUUACCUGGGAGAGGCUGGAAAUCAAAGGCCAAUGAGAAAUCUUGUCCUUUAGGAAUAAUCCUGGCUGUUGACUGUCCCUGACCUAGCAUGGUAAUAGUUUUGGUUUUAGAGCCUUGAAAGAGGAUGCGGGGUUGUAUCUGGUGGUGCAGUUUUAGUGGCCUGAGUAUAAAGGCUUUGUGCUUCAAGGCAGUAGGUUUUCUGAGGUAAGAUAAAAAUAGAGAACCAGUUUCUGAGGUUGCAACCAGGAGGUUAGAGAACAGAGGGGGUGGUACACUGAAGUGUGAAGAAGGGGGUGGACAGGUAAGAGAGAUGUGGAAGGACAGAAUAGGGUCACACAGGAAUGGGGAGAAGAGUUAUAGAAUUGGGCAAUGGGAAAAAUAUUCUCCCCUUAAAAAUAAAGGGGUCCCCAUUUUUUAAGUAGAGUCUACCCAGGAAGUGUCAAGGAAAGCAAGGGGUGAUGUAAUGGCACAGAGGUAAACUGAAACUGCCUUGGGGAACUUCAUUUCAGAGCUUCAAUUUUAUCUGAGGGGUUUCCUCUCUUGUAAGUCACAAAUUGUGAGUUUUCAUUGGCAUAGGAUUUUUAGGUUUAGAGUGAUUUCACAAAUAUUCCCUCACUUGAUCCUUAUUUGAUCCAGUUAGCAGUAUUUAUCCCACUUUUCAGAUGAGUAUUCUCAUCUGCAUUGUGGUUCAAAGACUUGGGUUUCUAAGGCCUCUGGAAUUUAGUCCAUUGCUUGUAUGUUGGAUACUUCAGCGACCAUUAAUUUGAAGAACUUGCCUGAUAUUUCAGAUGUUCGUCCAAAAUGGUCUUUAAUUAGAGACAGUAUGGUCAAAUGCUGUGUUAAGUGACUAUCUGGCUUAAAUAAAGCACACUGAAUAAUUUCUAAAUCUUCAAAGUCUAGGCACAGUGGUGGUGAACCCUGGCAUGGCUGUCUUUCUAAGACAAAAGAUGGAAGGUGGGAGUCAAUCAUUUUGACAAGUCUCCUGAAAAGAACAGCUAGCAGGAGCUGAAAUCUUUUCCAUUUGGUCUCGUGGCAAAGGCAGAGAUUGCUGUAACAGCUUUACACAAUAUGAUGUGCUCACUGAUGCCCUCUGAGCAGUCUGCUGGUGCCUCUUUCUUACCCCAAAACAAUGCCCCAUUUUCUUGGAGCUCCUUGGAUGAGGAUGAAUUGGAUGACUCUUUGCUGGAGCUUUCUGAUGGAGAAGAAGAUGACGGCCAUUUCAGUCUCACUGAGGAAGAGAUCGAGGAGCUUCUGAAAGAUGAUAGCUCAUCAAAUGAGGAAGAGAUUGAAGAAUUCUUGAAGGAUGAUGAGCCAUCAAAUGAUCAGGCAAAUGGAGAAAAAAGGAGUCAAAUUCUACUUGAAACUCCCCAAGAAAAAAGUUCAUUGUACAGCUUCAGACCAGUACCUGAGACCCCUGGCCUCUUCAAACUACCUCAACUAAAUACAACAGUUGGUCAUGAACCAGCUCCUACUAAAUCAUUAAAUAGGCAUCUUGUACUAGAAAAGAAUCAUAUAAAAGUGACUGUUGUUGCACCAUUUGAUCCAACAGUUUGUGAUCCUGUGCUUGAUAAGAGUAAGACUGAUUUAUCCAAAGAUACCAAAAAACUCUCUUCCCUUGGAGAAGAGAUGAGAGAAUAUGAUCUUACCCCAAAUGAGAGCAGAGUUCACACUGAAUCUGAAGAGAUCAGCCCUAACAUUUCUGCUUGGGAUGGUACCUCUUCUUUGAACAGUACCUUUCAACAAACUGUCUCUGAUAAAAAUACACUUGACAGUAAGAAACCUACACCUGUGUUCUCUCAGAUCUCAGAUCAUUCAAAAACUCCUUCCAGUACAAGUUCAUCCUGGAAAAAUAGUGGAUCGCAUAAACUACAUUGUGAAAUGAGGUCUCCAGUUGUUUCCAGUUCAUCAAAGAGAGAUGUUCUUGACAAGGAUUCUGGAGAGAUGAAAGGCCGUGAGAAAAGAACAGGCAAAGUCAUUCCUGUUCUACAAACCAAAACCAGGACUAAUGUUUCAACAUUUUCACAAUCGGAUCUAGAACAGCAGAAGCAGAUUUAUCUCAGGCGUGUCUUUGAUCAUAUAGAAGACCCAGGGGACUCUAACCAAGGUCCCUCGGGGGAGCUGUAUACUUUGAUGGAUCGGCAGCAUCCUUCAGAUCUCACCAUGCGAAAUUACGCCCGGUUUCGACAGAAACCUCUGCAGAGAUACAGCCUGACUCAGUGGGUUGAGAGGAACAAGCGCAGCCACCAUCGGUUUCAGCGUCUUUCAGAUUUCUCAUGUAGUCCAUUUGUCUCCUCUCAUCAGCAAUGAGGAUGCCUCUCUAGCAUUCUGUUCAGAAUAGUAUCUCAUUUUUUUAUGCUGUUUUGUUCUUUGUAUAUUUUGAGUUUUAUUUUUCACAAGAUUUUAUUUAAAGAACUUGACUCCUUUUGGAAAUGUCUAUUACUGGAUUGAAAUAUUUUAGUAUGAAGACCCACCUGAUUUUGUGUGUCUGUCUAUGUGU